AUGAGGGCCCUUGAUCAUCAGACGGAGGUGGUGGUGGUGGUUGCUGGAAGAAGGUGGAAAACGUUGCAAACUGUGCCCCAAACUAGGCCAUGUCCUGGUCAUCUUGCUACUACUGGUGUGCAACAUAGGCAUGAGAUUGCUGGUAUUGUCAUUGAGGCUGGGUGCAAUGUUCUCAAGCUCAAAAUUGGUGACACAGUGGGGGUUGGAUGCUUGGUAGGUGCUUGUCGUUCUUGCGAAAAAUGCGUCCAACAUAAGGAGAACUACUGCCCCAAGCUGGUAUUCGCCUACAACUCGAUUGACAUUGAUGGAAAAAUCACCUAUGGAGGCUACUCGAACAUCAUCGUUGUCGACGAGCAUUUUGUGGUGAAGUUCCCUAAAAACUUUCCCAUAGACCGAGGUGCGCCAUUGCUCUGUGCAGGGAUAACAGUAUACAGUCCCAUGAAGAAUUUUGAGCUCGACCAGCCUGGAAAGCACAUUGGCGUUGUUGUGGUUAGGCACCUGCCUCGUGUUGCAUCAGACCACUGUCCAAUCUUAUUAAAUCUCCUAGAUUUCAAUCCUAGGAUUAAGAGAACAAUCAAAUUUAAAGAUGUAUGGGCUUCCAACUCAGCUUCAGCUGCUGUGGUGAGAGGAGUUUGGGAGAAGAAUUUGGCUGGUAGUUUGUCUAAAAUCUUGAAUUCCAAGAUGAAGAAGUCUUUGAAGGCAUUGUUUUAUUGGAGAGCUAAUCAUAAAACUUUAUUUCAGCUGAAGGAAUGCCUAUUGAAGGAAAUAGAGGAGCUUCAAGUAAAAGAAGCUAAUAAUGGAGGCCUUUUGGAUGUUGAUAGCUGGACUCUCAAAGUUAAGGUGGGAGAACUCAACUCUACCUUGGCUCGAUUGAAUACUUGGUGGAGAUAA